UUUAUAUAUUUAUGUCAUUGGCAAUGUCUCAAACGGCCACAACCAAACACAAUCCUACUGUACAGUAAUCGUCCCAAGAGCUAGCUUAGAUUCUUCGUCAUCAAUCAUGACAAGACGAAGUUCACUGAAAAUAGUUGAGCAGACUAUAGUAGCUCCUCCACCAGACUCCCCCACCGACCCUGCCAUUCCAAAAUCUUUACCUCUUACCUUCUUUGACUUGGUGUUCUUGAGGUCUCCACCAACUCUCGGCUUUUACUUCUAUGAAGCUUCAAUCGCUUCUACUACUUUCUGUGAUUCCAUACUUCCAAAACUAAAACUCUCCUUAUCUCUAACCUUAACCCUCUUCUCUCCUCUCGCCGGAAACCUAAUUUGGCCAGAAAACUCCGACACACCCCUCAUCAAUUACGUCGAAGGCGACGGUGUUUCAUUUACAGUGGCCUUGAGCGACAGCGACAGCGAUUUCCAUCGCCUCUCCGGGAUGGACUUUGUCGAAGCCCGGGAAAAUCGUUCUCUCGUUCCCCAGUUGACUGCUUCAGCAGGAAAAGCAGCAGCGAUGGCACUGCAAGUAACUCUUUUUCCAAAUCAAGGGUUUUGUAUUGGAUUAGCCAUGAACCAUGCAGUAGCCGAUGGGAAAAUCUUUACCACUUUCAUGAAAUCAUGGGCUCAGAGAUUCAAACUUGGAGACGAUCAGACUUCCUUGUCAUUAUCCGACGAAAAACCAUUGUAUGAAAGAUCCAUUAUCAAGGAUCCGAAAGGGCUUGCAUCAAUCUACGCGCGGCAUUGGUUAGAUUUUGGCGGUACCAACAAUAAAAGCUUAGUAAUGAAUCCUGAACCUCAAGUUCCAUCGGAUACAGUUCGUGGCAUUUUCGAACUGAGUCGUGCAAAGAUAGAAAAACUAAGAGAGUUUGUAAAGCUAGAGGUGGCAAAAAAGAAUGAAGAGCCAUUUUAUGUGUCGACGUUUUCAUUAGCAGCGGCAUACAGUUGCACUUGCUUAGCCAAAACUGAAGGAAUAAGCUCAAAAUCGGAGCUGGUGCUCAUGUCCUUCCCUGUGGAUUGCAGAUCUCGCAUGGAACCACCAAUACCUUCAUAUUUUGGUAAUUGUGUUACGGGGAAGACCGCGUUUGCGAACGCUAAAGAAAUAAUGGGAAAUGGAGGGUUCCUCGUGGCUUUGAAAACCAUAGGUGAAGCUAUAAAAAGCUUGGACUGUGAUGGAAUAACUUAUGGAGCAGAAAACCGUCUUUCAGGUAAACACAAUUUCCCACCUUUUAAGUUGUAUACGUUUGCAGGAUCGCUUCGGUUCGAUGUUUAUAGCACUGAUUUUGGAUGGGGAAGACCCAGAAAAGUUGAUUUCCCUUCUUUAGCUACGACUGGAGCUAUAUCUCUUCAAGAUACUAGGAAUGGUGAUGGCGGUGUCCAAAUUGGUUUGCUUCUCGAUAAACAUCUCGUGGAAACUUUUGCUUCUAUUUUCGCUAAAGGCCUUGAAGAAUGAAGAUGACCUACCCUUUUAAAGUGUGUGUUUUUGUCCUUCCUUUCUGAAUAAACAGGGUUUGUAGUUUAGAUUGCAUAAUUCUGACAGUAUGGUUGCUUUUGGAAUUCCCUGAUAUCGUCAUCUUUCUCUACCUAGUUGUUUCCAGACAAGUAUGAGCCACAUUUUCACCAAAAUUAAAUAUAAUUUUGAAUAAGUAGUUUAGUGCA